AAAUUUAACAAUUUUUUUUAAAGUUUAUCGUGCAAACGAGAAUUUGCCAACAUGACUAAAUCUAUCAUGGCCGACAUGGGAAACCUUUGGGAAGAUUUACGUAAACAGGCUCGACAAUUGGAGAAUGAGAUUGAUUUAAAGCUAGUUUCCUUCAGCAAGUUAGGAACAAGUAUAUCUGCGCAAAGAGAAUAUGAAAGCCCUACUGAAGAGCAAAAGAGUGACACUUCACCUUUAAUUAAUAAAACAAGUAGUGAACAUAUGAUAGAGACCAUGGCAAUGGAAAUACAACAGUUACUCUCUAAGUUAAAUGAAAUUAAUGACAGAAUGGUUGAAUACACACAGAAUAUUAGUUUAAAUUCUAAUAGUGCAGCUUUAAAUCACACAUAUGAGCGUCAUAGAGAUAUCUUACAAGAUUAUACUCAUGAGUUUCAGAAAACUAAAGCUAAUAUUACAGCUAUUAGAGAACGGGAAGAUUUAUUAGGUUCUGUUCAUAGAGAUAUCAAUGCAUACAAAAAUUCGUCUGGUUUAAACAGAAGAACAGACUUAUAUCUAAAGGAAAAUGAACACAUACGAAAUUCAGAAAGAUUAGUAGAUGACCAAAUAAGUAUUGCCAUAGCAACAAAAGAGAAUCUUUAUUCACAGAAAAAGUUUUUAGAUAACAUUACGCAUAAAGUGAAUUCAAUAGCCAAUCGUUUUCCAGUGAUCAACAGUUUAAUGCAGAGGAUAAACAUUCGUAAAAGACGGGACUCUAUAAUAUUAGGUGGUGUGAUAGCUGUGUGUGUUAUUCUCUUAUUAUUAUACGCAUUCCAUUAAAUAUAUACAGUGCAAAAACUAAUUGUGUACACACUAUUAACCAUCUUUAUAAUAAUCACUUUGAAUAUGUGAAGUUGUAAGACGUUUCUAUGAAUGGGACAAUACAUUCUUGUGCAAACAUUUAGUACAUAUCUUUUACUCUAUAUUUUAAACCAGGGAAAAAAGUCGGUGUUUGUACUUGGCAUGUGCCGUCAAUGGAUGUGCCAAAAAGAAAGGGUUCUGUUGGGUACACAGUUUAUUUUGAUAAUGUUUCUCACUGCUCUAUCCUGUGUAUAAGUGCAGGCUGUUGAUUUGAAAUUGAUGUAAAGCUGCAAAAGUAUUGUUUUUCCUUGAUGAAGAUCUUUUAAUGUACCCUUCUCCAACUUUCUGCUACCUGUGAAUGGAGAAUUUUGAAGUGUGGUAAUAUCAAUUCUGUUAUUCUUCCAUUUUCAUCAAAUGGGGUAUUUGUGUAAAAUGUAUAGUAUUCAGUGCAAAAGUUUUGACAGGUAGCAUUUUUAAAUUUUGAAAUAAAAGUUAAGGUAUGGUCAUUGGAUUAAGAGCACCUCUACUCACAAAAAUGGGGCCAUGUCAAAUUUGUAUUUUGUUGCUUUGACCCAGACUUGCUAAUUAAUGAUAUUGCCUGUAGUUGCUGUAGUUAUAAUAUCAAAGGGAGGUAAUUUGUGAGCGAAACAUUGUGCUCAUUACAGUAGUGGGUUGAAUAUGUUAGUACAUUUAACAUUAAAUGUAUGUUGCUACAAUCAUAUGAUGCUACUGUUUAACUAUUUAUUCGAUGGUGUUAAGUUAAUACUUGUGAAUAUAAUUGAAUAUGCUAUAUAUGUAAAUUAUUUUAACAAACUUGUAUAAAUCAGUUUAAUUUAUUUAAUGCAUGUGGUAAUUAUAGCCAUAUAUAUUUCAUUAUUAAUACUGUUUUCUGUAUAUUAGCUAUCUAGUAGUUUAAGCCACCAGGGAGUUUAAAUGAAGAGAGUAGAUUCUCUAUUUAAUUUAAGUUUGUAUGUUGAAUGCUUUCUGUGUAGAUACCUGAAACUAUCCAUUGAUCAUAUACUCAUGUGUUAGGUUUAGCUGAUAGGAAAAAUAGGGUGGACAAUCUUUUCAAUGACUGUUUUUCUUCUGGUCCCAUGCCUUUCAAAAAAAGCAGGACUGUUACAAUGGUUUUGUUUGUCUUGACUGGAUGUCACACGUUUUGGGACACAAUAACACUGCUUCUAAUUAAGCUAGAAACUUUAAACUUGGUGUAUGUGUUUAUUAGAUGAAUGUCUGGACUGAGUUGGAUCAUGAGUAUUUUCUGCUUGUGCUAAGUAUGGAUAAGCAAUUUGACUGCUCGGUGUUGUAUAGAAAGAUAAACAUACAAUUAAUUAAUAUGUGUCAUCACAAAACUGUUUGACACCCAAUCUAUGUCAUCAGUUAUCAUGACCAAUUAAUUAACGUUUUUGACUACUUCCUUAGACAAUUCUUGAUGUGACCAUUCGAAACUAAUUUUGCGAUGUAAAAUAUAUAACAAAAUGUCUUUGUAUAAUUAUUGUGUCUUUUCUUAUAACCUAACCAAAUCAAAUAAACUGAUGUAUAAAUUAUCUUGAUAUGAAAUGAAACCAGUCUAAUUAAAAUUAGGCUAUACAGUACUUUCUUCCUUUUUUUUUUUGUUUUUGUUUUUGUGUCAUUUAUAUUAAUUACACUACACUUCAGGCAAGUCUAAGAAAUUUAUGUCCAAAUGCCUUUCCAUUUGCUAUGAAUGACCUAAUGAAAAGACGCCUUUCAUUUGGCUAAAACUUUAGCCAAACUUCACAAUGGCUCAAAUCAAUCUUUGAAAAGAACAUACACCUUAGAAAGAUGUAGUUAGAUGUUGUGAUGAGGUCAGAAUUAUAUAAAGAUUUCAUUUUAAUUAGAUUAAUUACAGUCUAAUGGGUUAUUAUUAAAUGUGAAUAUAUAUUUAUUUUUAAGACUAAUAUAUAAGCCAUAUAUUAUUCAUUAUCUACAUAAUUCACAUGCAUACAUACUGGUCGUUAGAAUCUUUAGUUUUCUUUACGUAAGAAGGAAUUACAAAUUUGUAUACUACAAACUUAUAUCACUAAAUGCAAUAUUUGAAUCUGGUCAUAAGUCUUAGCCCUUUCAGUCUGGAUGAGUGGAAUUUAUGUAUCAUCGACAAUAACACUCGGCAACAGAAUAUUGACAUAAUUUAGUCCUUAUAAUUAUCAUUCUAAGUUCAUUACACAUUAUAUGAAAUCCAUAGAUUAAUUCAAAAUUGCUCAUAUUUAACAUGGUUAUUUAGUGUCAUCCAUCCCCUAGUUCCUUUAACUCUGAUCUCUAUUCAGGGUAAUGUACAGAUUUUAUAAUGUCUCACUUUAUCAUACCAUUGUAAGAACUGUAACUUUUGUGCUGUGGUGGUUUUUACUGCCCUGAUUAUGUAUUACCUUUAGAAGUAAAGCCUCCGUUGCUAUUGCAAGUGGUUUCUUAGGAAAAUACUGGUACAUUUUUCAGUGACUUCAAUAAGUGGACAUAUAUAUAUGAUAUUGUGGAAGAUUCCACUGAAGAUCUGAUUUUACUCACCUGAUCCAACUCAAGAAAAGCAGACAAAAAUUAGUAGCCUUUCAUAAAAUAGCUCGGUAGUAUUUAUAGAUUAAGGAGUUUCACAAGUUUUUCAAAAGUGAUACCUUCAUUGUAACUUCACAUGUAAGACAAUUACUAAAUCCAAGUGUGUUAUAUAUGAUAAGUUUUUAUAUUUAUUUGACUAUAUGUGAUUGAUUUUAAUUAGAAAUAAGAAAAUUAAAAAUAAGUCCUUUUUUAAAUCUGUUUUAAUUUAAUUAUCUGUCUGUAUUUAUCCACUUUUACAUAAUGUUUUACAGCUAUAUAUUAUGUGAGUAUGUGUAUAUGUGUUUAGUCGACGUCAUUUAGUAACAUCUUUAAAAUAUAAAUGACUUUUUCAUACACAUAUAUUGCUUCAACAAUUGAAAGUAGCUUAUAUGAUAUUGACACAUGAAAUUAAUUUAUAUUUUUAAAAAAGCUCUAGAAUUGGUGCCUUUAUUAUGGAAACCCACGAUUAAGUUAUAGCUAGUGUAUUUGUAGAUUAUAUCUUUAAAAGGGAUAUAAACAAUUUUCUCGUUCUAAGAUUAUCCCUUGAAUUGAAAAAUAGCCGCAUUUAUUACUGCACAUAAAUGAUUUAAGGAGAAACUGUGAAUGAAUACAGAAAUGUACAACUCUCAUAAAUGUUACUGAUAAUGAUAUAUAAUACUGGAUAAUUAUAUAUUCUGAUCAAUAACACCAUCAGAUAAAUGUAGUGCCUUGACAUAUGGUGUUUAUGAGAAGUCAUUUAACCCAGUAAUGGUCAUUUAACAAAGUAAAAACACAAAAAUAAAAACUUUCUUCCUGCAUCAGAUUUUUGUAAAGGAUGAUCUGAGAACUAGAAUAUUGUUUUUGUAUGGCCUUAUAGGAAGUAUAAAAGUGUCAUUCUGCUUUUUUAAAAAUGAUACUUUGUUUUACCUAAGAUGGUAGAUAUAUUUAUCUGUAAAUGAAUAUAAUUAUGUUUAAAACCAGACUGUAUUAUGCUUUUUUUGAACUAUGCUAUAAUUGUGAUAUAGUUGUUUUCAUUGUUUAAUGUAUAUAUUUGUAAAUAGGUGGUCAAAAUAAUAAAAUAUAUAAAAUAUUA